ACCAACAUCAUAUCACGUGAAGUGUUAAUGUGCCAUCUGUAACAACAAAACUUGACAGUAAAAGUGACCAAAAAAUAUGGCUUUUGAAAAAGAAUCAAAUGGCGUUUACAAUCCACAAACAGCUCAGAAACUAUUGCAGGAGCCAGACAACAGACAAGCAGCGAAACAGACCCGGUUCUGGUUCUCGAAACUUUCGAUUCCUCGUUGUAACCUUGUUAUUUAUGGGAAACUUGAACAUAGUCUUAUUGAAGAACAACGUAAAUAUCGCAAUCGUUGAAAUUCAGUCCAAGAAAAACACCACUGCUAAAAAUAUAACUACAAGUGAAAAUGGAAUCGUUGAAAUUCACUCAAAGGAAAAUAUCACUGAUGGCAGUGAUGACAGUGAUGACAAUAUAAUUACUGGAGAAAAUACGACGGUUGAAAUCCAGUCAAAGGAGAACAUUACUGUUAACAAUGUAACCGAGAGUGAAUCAAAGUACAACUGGGAUUCAAAAACAGUAGGAAUUAUCCAAAGCUCCUACGCAUACGGUUGCAUAUUUACAGUAUUCGGUGCAGUCAUAAUAAGUAAAUUAGGAGGCGCUAUCACGUAUGGAACAUCGAUACUAAUGAUGGCCAUCAUAAAUAUGAUAACUCCGGUUUGUUUAGAAUUUGAUUUUUUCGUGUUUCUGGGCUCCAGAGUAGUUUUAGGAGCUUUCGACGGCCUCGCCUACAUGGGCGGUGUGGAAGUGCUGUCACGUUGGGCGCCAGUUAGAGAAAGAUCGAGAAUAAUGUCUUUGAGUUUUUGCGGAAUAUAUGUUGGGGUCGCGGUGGCUUAUCCUAUAUGUGGAAUUAUAGCAAAUUCAUUGGGCUGGGAGGCAAUAUUCUACUUUUCAGGCAUAUGUGGCAUAAUUUGGUCAGCACUAUGGUUUAUUCUGGUACGAAAUCAACCUUCCAAAGAUAAAUGGAUGUCAAAAAAAGAACAAUUGUACAUCGUGGAAAACACACAAACGACUCCGAGAAAACAAAUCGUCCAUCCUUACAUGAAAAUCGUCACUUCGCCACAAGUCUGGGCUUUUUGUAUGGGUAAAUUUACCUACAGCUGGGGGUUCACUUUAUUGGUGGUAUGUUUCCCACUUUAUGUCAGAGACAUGACUGGACAAACCACAGAUAAAGUAGGUUUAAUAUCUUCUAUUCCAAACUUCGUCUGCAUAUGCACAAUUCCAUUGGCUGGAUUCUUAUUGGAUUUAUGGCAGAAUAACACCAACCUCAGCGUAACUCAGAUUCACAAGAUCGUCAUGUGCACAGGAUUCACUUCCGGAGCAGUUUUAUUUUUGAUAGCAUCUCAAAGUUCCAAUUUUACGUUGUCUAUGACUUGUUUCGUUCUCAUAAAGUUUAUCAUUUCUUUUAAUUAUCUCGUUCUACAACUGGUUUGCCUGUACAUACAUGUCACCGCAUCAUUCCAGUGUAUUGGCUGGAAAGUCAUUAUGGUGGUUCACUGUCAGUAUUAUUUUGAUACCAAACGUAGUAGGAUUCAUAGUACAAAAUGGCACCUUAUCCGAAUGGAGCAUUUGUUUCCUUUUAUCGGGAGGAAUUUUUUUCGCCGGAGCUAUGAUAUUUUUGAUUUACGGUUCCAGUGAACUGCAGCCAUGGUCCGUGCCACAAUCUUCAAAUAACGAGAGACAAUUCAGUAUUGAAAAUCAAAAGCCUGAUCACACCUGAACCUGUAUUGGUUUAAUUUUUCACCAGUACAUUUUUCACUUGA